AGUUCAAAGUGCGCAUGCGCGGGAAAUGCAAAACAAAUCUGGAAACAAAUUUUAGAAACUAGCUUUGUAGCUACAGAUCGCACAUGUUAUGAAGACAAAACUGGAUGAAAAACCAAGACUACACGUUUGUAAUUCAAAUGCAUUCGUUUUUGAUGUGUGUCAGCAUUGAUUUUUAAAAGAUUUAAUUUAAAUCUGUAUAUGUAAACAACGAUCUGAUACAAUAGUCUACAGCUGAUGCGAUUUAUAUUUAGCAACAUAAUUUCGGAAUUUAAGAAAACAUUUAAUUAAAGACUGUAAUGAAACAAGAUAAUAUUACUAUCAAUUAUAUCUGAAUAUUAGGAUAAUGCAGUGCAUGCAAAGAAAGUGGAAUGAUCACUACGAUAAUUUGUGGUUGGAGGAGGAUAUUUGUAAAAUAUCAGAUAGAGAGGAUGAGCUUUAUGUAAAACUCUUGGCUAAUAAUGAAUUAAUCGUAAAUGAAGACCAGCCGAUUCCUUUGGCCAUGGGUUCAUCGUUACCCGAAUUUGAUACUGUUAUGGAUCAAAAAAAUAUCGAUGAAUAUAUGAAACAACUGCUGGAUGCUCAAUUGAACUUAUCUAACUAUGUUUGUUGCCAAAGUCCAUUUGCUAGCGGGUUACAUAAACGAUUAGCCAUUCUUCAAAGAGUAUAUACUGCAGUGUCACAUAAGUGCCAUGACUCAAAUAAUUAUGAUGAUGAAUUUAGGAACGAAUUUGAAGGGGAUACUGUUGAAGAAGAAGGCACUAAUGCCCUCAUUGAAUUGGGUGUAAAAACUGCGCUAAGCUUACUCUUUAAUCUUUUGAAAGAAAAUCUAGUAGCAGAUGAAGUUUUAAAGACUGCUUUGGAAGUUACAUUAUCUCUACCGAAGCUUAGUUUAGCAAAUGAUUCCCAUGUUUCUCAAUUAGGUCGUAGCUCACUGGAGCAAGUUUGUAGCUAUUUGAAAAAGAUAGUUUUGGAGGGUCCGCCAGAGAAAUCUACUGUUAAAAUAGCUUGUGAACUUCUCCUCUCCCUCGCUGUACAAAGAGGAAAACUACGUUACAUAUUAGAUUGGCUAUUGCUUGUUAUUUUUGAAAAUCCUACAAAUAUCUCCUGGAAUGUUAUUAAAGCAUUUAUGGAUCAAAUAAACGUUGUCGAAGAAAUUGAUAUACCACAUUUAGAUGUUGAUGGCUGCAUUCCUGCAAAUGUUGGUGGAAAAAUGAUUUUAGAGAGAAUUUCACAAGUCGCUGAAUCAUAUGCUGAGCAAAUAAUCUUAUUUCCUAUUAAGUUAGAUAAAGCAGGACCAUCUGAUGUUUGGACUUGGGGCUCAAGUAUCUCGGAGACGGAUAAAAUCGCUCAAGCAAAGAUAAAUACAACAUUUAAAGGAGCUCUAUUCAUAUCAUCUGGUUAUUCAUGCAUUUAUGCUAUCAGACAAGAUUAUUCAGUAAUAGGCUUAGGAAAAUGGACGUUUGGCUCUCGCACUGUUCCUGCUAAUAUAAAAUUUGAACCAGAAUGUAAAAUUAUAUCAAUAUCUGUGUCUUCAGGAAUUGAUACUCACAUAUUAGCAUUAUCUGAGGAAGGUAGAAUUUUCAGCUGGGGAGAUGGAAAAUAUGGAAAAUUAGGCCAUGGAAAUGAAAAGAACUUAAAACUGCCAAAGAUACUAAAUGGCAUACUUUGCGGUGUUCUUAUGCAACAGAUAUCUACUGGACAAGACCAUUCUGUAGCUCUGACCUCAGAUGGUUGUCUAUAUACUUGGGGAUCAAAUCAAUAUGGUCAAUUAGGCAUAGGCCACGAAACUGUAUCAUGUAAUUCACCUGUAAUGAUAAAAAAUCAUAGAUUUAGUUAUGUAUCCUGUGGAAAAUUUCAUACGGUAGCUAUUUCAAGAGAUGGUAAUGAAUUAUUAUCUUGGGGGUGUGGUGAUGGUGGUAGAUUGGGUAAUGGUGAUACUGCAACUAUCUUUAGUCCCUGCAUUAUUGAUCGGAGUACGGGUUCAAUGGGGAAUAUUAAAAAAAUUGUUUGUGGUGUUGAAACAACAUUGGCUAUACACUCAAAUGGUUCUCUAUACUCUUGGGGAAAUGGACCGUGUCUUGGUCAGUCGGGACCAUUACGUUCUCCUAAACUGAUAGAAGAGUUGAAUUCAGUAAAAAUUAUUGAUAUAGCUCAUGGUUCCAAUCAUGUUUUGGCUUUAACCAAUGAAGGCCAUGUUUAUGCAUGGGGAGCAAAUCUGCAAGGCGAAUGCGGACAAGGUCAUACCCAUGCACCGGUUGUAAGACCGAGAAAAGUUUCGGGUUUAGAUACUGUUAAUGUUACUCGAGUUUCGGCGGGGAAUUCCCACUCGGUUGCCUUGUCAACACCUGUCAAUUUGCAAGAGGAUAUCUGUUUAAAAGUAUCAAAAACAAGACCAUUUUGCAUCGAUGUCCACCCAGAGACCUUUAAUAAGCUUAAAAGCUAUCUAGAAAAGGCUGAAGAAGGGUUAACCUGUGUAAAAUUAUUAAAAGCUCAUUUUAAAUUAGCCAUUGCCGUAAAAUGUUCUUUGGGGCCGAGCAGCGAACAAUUAAGAGAUUUACUAUUUAAUUUACUCGAUAAUGAGCAGAUUUCUUAUGAUAUUCGUGCAGCCGCCAGUUUAGCAUUGUCUUCUGGAUCAAGCUUACUAUUACCUCCCCUAGAGAGGCGUGUACCUCUUCUUGAGCGAGUUUUACCAACGAGUCUAGAAGGUUGGAAAAAUCUCUCAGCUGGUCAGAAAAUGCAGAAUGAAAUGCUUAUGAACAAUCUAAUAAAUGAGAAAAGAGCGGCUAAAGUUGUAUCGUCCUGUUCAUUUAGCGAAAUGCUUGUAAAUCUACUUGAAUUACUCUGCGAACAAACAAAAGAAGUUAUAAAAGGUUUGGAAACUGCAAUUCCAAUAUGCGCUUCCAACUUACUAACAGCAUUAGUAAAGCAUAUUUUAGCUCUUUGUGUUCAUACUGGCGCAAGGCAGGCUGUUCUAAAUGCUUUUCUUAAAAAAUAUUUUAUUAGAAUAUGUACUAUAUUGAAUUUAUCACCUACUUCGGAUAUCUUAUUAGUCUCUCCAGCUGGAAGCCUUCUUGUUGUUGUGAUUCAUUCUCUUUUAUUACUACAAGCGGAUGAUAUCCGGCCAAUUUUAUCUGAGCUACGUAAUUUACUAAUACCCCUAGAUCAAUAUGUUCGAAAGAAUGAAACAGUUGAAUGGUUAUUGCAACUGGAGAGGAGCGUUGCCCUAUUAGUUGGCAGGUGUCUUGGUCAGAUGCUCGUUGGCUCUGUUUUAACUGAAAGCGAGAAUAUAUGCUUUAAUAGCCUAAAUAAGACUUUUUUGUCAGGAGGUUUAAACGAUGAAGUGAUAUCAAUUUCUUUUGAACUAAAUAGAAAAUCGCUAGAGGAGAUGUAUGAAAUUAUUUUAGAUCUCGACAUGAAUGCAGGAGACGUCAAGGAUGAAGAGAGAUUAAAAGAAUCAACAAAGCUAAUAUUGGCCAGCUUGUUAAAGCACAUUAAUCAUAAUAAUUCCAAAAGAAAUUUGGAAAUCUUAUAUUCUGCCGUAUGUCAAACAAGAAGACAUUUAAAACAUUCAGAUGAUGAAGUUUUAAGUAAUGUAAAGAAAAGAGCAAUAUUUCUUUUAAGUAAUGUUUGUUCGCCCGCUUCACAUAAAAGUUACUCAAGCGAAAGUGAGAAAAAUUUACCAUUAUCUGGCAGUUCUUAUCUUCAUCAGACACUUUCAAGCAUGACAACGUCUCAAUAUUUACAGACUGAUAGUGUUAAACAACGUUUCAGUAAAAUAAAGUGGUCCAGUUCAGAAAUAGGUAGUCAGGCUUUAGAAAUUGUUCAAUGGUUAUUAUCAGAUGUUACUAUAGAAACAUUAAAAGUUUGCAUGACUGACCAACAAAAUAGGGCAAACGAGAGAUAUAAUGCUUUAGUGCACGUUCAAAAUCUGUUGAAGGAGCACCUAAUAGAAAGCGUUCAUCUUCAUCUCUUAGCUGGUGUGUUUGGAUUAAGUUGGCAGAUAAAUAAGCAUCAAAAUCAAGAGAAUAACUCCUGGACAAAAUAUAAACAAAGUGGUAUAUCCUUGGCAAACUAUCAGAAAAGAGAUCGCAUUGAAAAAAUAGCGCAAAACAUCUUAAAAGAGCUCGUAAAAAGAGCAUCUACCUGCGUUCCACCUAACUUUGAACAUCAUAAACGUCUGGUAUUGGUCACAGUACUAUCAUUAUCCAUUCAUUACGACGCGGCUGAUAUUGGAGUGGUUAUCGAUGCGAAAUUAUUGAAUAUUUUAAAACCUUUUUUCUUCAAAGAAGCAACAUCUCUUCUGGAUUCUGCUCUGAAUAUCGCAUCUUCCAGAUUAUUUCGAAUAAUUAGCUUAACAGCCAGUCGUUAUUCUGACGAAUUAGGCAAAAGGGAAGAUAGUUACGAUGUGCUAAGAAAGGUCCUGGAUGGCUUGUUUGAACUAGUCACUGAUCUAAGUAAUCGACGAUUUCAAAAUUUAAAUCAUACAAAUUUGCAUCAAUUAGAAAAUGUCAAUUCAGAGGUAGAAUUGGGAAAUAUGCUAGUCUUUAUCCGACAUUUGGCUACCAAAAGUAUUGUUCAAGAAUUUUUAGCCACGAAAAAUUGGAUAGAAAUAAUGCUUAAUCUAGCUCAACUUCAUUCAGCUGCAGAGAAUAAUGAAUCAUUAAGAUCAAUUAGUUUAAGAGUUCGAUUAAUGGCACUUAAACUCUUAAGAAUUAUACUAGGAGCUGCAUCUGCCGAUAUUGUUAAAUCAAAUAUAGUGGAAAGACUUUUGAGUUUAAUGUACGAAUGCUUCUGGUUAGAAACUCAGCCAGUUAGAUGUUCCGAGGGAUCGUUAGAUGGUAUAACCGAAAUUGAUGUCAAAUGGGACAUGGAAAAAAGUCAGUGUUGUUCUAUUAGCGAUAAAGGAAAGGUACUAGCUCACGGAUCUGCUGGGAGAGGUUUUGGCAUUUGUAAUAUUGGGAUGGGUAAGAAUAGCAAUAUUUACGAAUGGACUCUUGAAGUUGAAAGUGAGCAACAGGGAAAUGAAGGAACAUGUGUAGGGGUGUCGAAAUUCCCUGUAAAAGAUUUAUCACAUAGAACUAGUUCUGAUAUGUGGCUCUAUCGGGCGUAUUCCGGUAAUGUCUAUCAUAAUGGAGAAAUAACUGGGGUUAAGCUACCAACUUUUACUCAUGGAGAUCGUAUAACAUGCAUUCUUGAUACCAUGACAAAAACUCUUGCAUUUUCCAAGAAUGGCUCAGAAGCUCAAGUUGCUUUUGAAAAUAUAGGCGAACAACCUCUCUAUCCGUGCGUUCUCUUUUAUUCAAUGAAUGCAUCAGAGGUAAUCAGAAUCAGUUCGAUAGUUGUAAGGAAAAAUCCAACUACAUUACACGAUGGCAGCCCUUCUUGCGCGCCAAUUCAUGCUUUGAUUUCCGAACAUUCUAUCGAUGUUCUCAGAUAUUUGCAUAGGAGUCAUCCUGAAUGGGAAAAAGUGAUAAAUUCAAUUAUCAUUGAAAGACUCAACCAGCUUGAAGAUGUAAAAGAUAUAGAUCAAAAAGAUCAAACAAUUGAAGAGAGUGAUGUUAUGUCUAUAGACGAACAACUAGAGAAAGAAGAUGAACUCGAAAAGCAGAGAUCCAAGACGUCAGAACUUAGAGAGAGUAAAGAUUCCAUUCUAGGCAAAAUAUGGAGCAUAUUAUCCCUACUAUCCGGGGUGGAUAAUGGACUACGAAUGGGCGGAGAAUGCAUUCACAAACCUUCUGGUCGGCGCGCAAUUCUACUUGGUGUAGCAGCACCAAAGUCAACCAGUGUAAAAGUCGAAUGGUUAGAUUCCCGAGCUGAAUCUCCGGCAGAUGUUCUACUAUUUCACUUAGCCCCUUGCGAACCACUAAAUUUUGACUUUUCGAAAUUGGAACUCGGAGAACACGUGAUAAAAAGCUUAAAUGAUUUGGCUUGCGAAGAUAUUGAGGGAUUCUCCGAUCCUUUUAGAGAUGCCUUGAAUUGUAGCAUUCAUUCAGGAGCUUGUAGAACAUUAGCAGCUAUUUUGCAACAGGAUUCAGUACUAGAUCUGAUGCUUGAUAAAUGUGAAGUACUUCGCGAAGUGAUGAAAAACUUUGCUGCAAACUUUUCUUCAAGAAUUCUUCCAGUUCGAAGAGUAUCAUCAAUCGAACAGUUAGAGAGGGCUCAAGUUUUAUUAAUUGAAAAGAUGGUCAAAAGUGAUAAGCCAAGUGUGGCAGUCGAAAAAACGCUAGAAACAGAGAUAACUUCUACUGGAAGUACUUUAACAGAAGACACUGCCAUCUCUAGUGUGUCAUAUAAUCCUAUAGAUCGACUCAACCCUGCUUUAAAUCAGCUAACAGAUAUGGGAUUUACAUCAGAGCACAUAGAAAGAGCUAUCAGCGCCAACGCUCUUGUUGAAUAUAAUCCACGAACAAUACAUGUACUUGUGACCUGGAUGCUGGAACAUCCUAUAGACUCCCAACAAGGAACUUCUAGUUCAAGAGCUCCAGCUGAACCUAGGCAAUAUUCUCGCCUUCUUCCCAUUCAAAGAGUGCGUAAUUUGCAAUCAGGACUCUUUGCACCUUUUUACGAUGCAUCCGAAGAGUUUGGUGAAGAUGAUGAGGAUUUAAAUCCUAUACAAAAUGAUACAUCAGCCGAUACUACAUGUGAACUCUGUCAAAUGAAUUUUAUGAAUGUAUUCAAGCAUAUUGAAAUGAAUCAUGGAGGUUGUGGAAAGUUGCAUGUUCAUACGGGAUAUUCCUUAGAUACAGAAAGAACGAUGACAUAUGGUGAAGUUUCCGUCACGGAUAAACCUUGUGGAACGCUAGCCAUGAACAGUAUUUAUAUUUUAUGCGAAGAAUGCAAGAAAAGAUACUCAGAUCGUCGAGAUGUGUGUGACCUCCUUCAUCCUUCUACGCAAGAAUACAUUCGGGUUAAUUUACUGCCAAGUCCGACCUUGGAUAUUGACAUUCCAAUAAAUAUUGCUCCAGUAGAUUCAAUGAUAAGGGAUACUCUGGGAGAGAAUGAUUUGUGUCGAAAACAUGUUGAGGAAAAGAAAGAUGAUCAUAACAAAUGGAAAAAAUCCCUUGCUUAUCAAGCUAUAUCUAUUGUAGAUGCAGAAGAAAGAAGUCUAGCUCUUCAUAAUUUGGUUAAAGCUUUAAGAAUACAGUUAGCCAGGCGUGUAGUAUUAAGUGUAGUUACGAGUUUAGCGAAUGGUUCUUUAACCGGCAAUAGUGGAAGUGGAUGCGAAAAAGUAGCAGCUAACCUAAUGGCUCUUGGCCUGGAUGAUGUGGAACUACUUGUUAAGAUAAUGAUGCUAUCCGAUUCUGCAAUCGAAUAUUUAACUGUAGCUAUUGGGGCAGUGAUGAAGAACUCGCCUAAUGCAAUUUUAAUUUUAACCAAAUUUUGCGUCAAUCAAUUACUAACAAUGGCAUCGACACCCAAUUGGUCUCCAGCUAACUUUACAGUAUUAAAAAGUGUCGUUCAAUUACUUGUUGAUCAAAACUGCACUGAAAUGGCUAAUGUCUUGGCAAUUUGUGUUUUAUCUGAUAAAUUGAGUCCUUAUCAACGAGAAUGGGCAAUAGUACAACUAGCUCGUCUUAUAUUUUCGGACUGCAGCACGGACUCUUCAUCAGUUGCGGCAGAUAUUGCUGGUAUCCUACCUCAACCACAAAUACAAACUUUAGAUGCACAUCAAGCAAGGAUUUCAGGCAUACACUCUCACCCGCGAAAAUCUCAGCUAGCCUCCGCAGCUGCUGAUGGAACUGUGAGAAUUUGGACAGAUUAUAGCGAACAAGUUAUCCUCCAUCAUACAUGUGUAUCACCCUAUAAAAAUCUAAGACUGGUUUGUCAGAAUUCAAAUGGUAAACUUGUUGCGGCAGCGGAUGAAAAACACAUUCACAUAUGGUCAACGUCUGGUGGAAGAGGCCAAACCAUAUUGGGAGAAUCAAGUAUUACAUCCUUAACGUUUCCAAUCUCUAGGGGAUUUAUCGACGGUCAACUAGGCUUAGGUUCCUGCGAUUUCUUACUUGUCGGAUAUGACAAUGGUAAUGUUAUGCUUCAUAGGAUUUUGGACAUUACCUCAGAUACUCUCUGUACGAAACUUGAUAAAGUUUGUCGCAAAGAUCAACCAGUAACGGCUCUAGCUUGGUUUGAUGAAGAUAAGAAAUUUGCAGUCGGAUUUGCAGACGGUUGUAUAAUAUUAGCUUCCAGGAGUACUUAUGACGAAGCCUUGAUUCUGCACGAUAAAUGCAGUAAUAAUCCCGCAGAAAUAUUAUCUUGGAAUCCCACAGGAACUCACUUAGCUUCGACACAUUCUAAAGUCGUUCAUAUUUGGUCUUCAUCAGGCGACGAUUGGAGUGUUGUUGAACAAUUAGCUCAUCAUGAAAUAGUAACGUGUCUAAACUGGUUUCAAGCCGAAAAUGAACUUUUACUUGCUGUUGGAUGCUCGGACGGAUAUGUUCAUUUAUGGAGGUGUUCUAUCCCCCCGCCUGCCGCUAAAUCUGCUCCUAUUAUUGGUUCUAAUUUCGCAUCUAAUCGAUCUGAACUCAAAACUUCAUCUUCUUAUCUUUGUCGCUUGCAUGGACAUGUAACUUCCGUUACCAGCUUAGCCUUCAAUCCUGACGGAACUCUUCUAGCAACUGGGUGUUCAAAAGGAUGGACCAAUAUAUGGAGCGUGGAUGAAAGAGUGCCACUGUGUACUCGUCCAGGAAAUAGUUCAGUUUUAGGCGUUGAAUGGUUCAACACGUGCAAUUUGAUUAUAGCCCAUUCUCACGAUAAGCAUAUCGAAAUAGUGAAAUUAGACAAAUUAAAAGAAUUAAGAAUCCUUGCUUUGUCUAGAGUGUCUCUAAAAUCAAGUAAAAGAUUAAUGUUAUUACAACCAUAUGUUCGAAAGCUAAUUUACAAAUUACCAGAAAUGUUACUCUGUCAACAUCAGUAUGAAAAAAGUUCUGUUAUAAGUGGAUUGCAGCUACAAUAUUCCUUAUUUAUGCAUACUCUACUAGCUAUAGCUAUAAAUUUGAGGCUUGAUAAGCUAAAACCAAAAAUAGAGUUUCUGUCGUCUGUUGCUCUCACUGUUCGAAGUGCCAAAGCUUUGUCCGAAAGAAAAGAAUUGCCAAAGGAGUUAGGACUCGAGGAUUGUGAUAAUUUGGCUUGGAGUUUGAAACAAGAUGAAGAAGCUAUGGCUUGGCUAACCUCUCAACCUGCUGACUGGCAGGAGGGAGGAGCUUGUGAUGUUUUCGUAUGGGGAUCUGGACGACAUGGACAACUUGGUGAUGUUGGUCGAACAGCAACUAUGGAACCUGUAAAAGUGGAAUCUUUUGGCACUUGCCAAACUGUUGUUUGUGGUCAAAACUGUACGUUUGUUAUUGGACCGGGAGGGAAUACUGUUCUAGCUUGCGGUGAAGGAAGUUAUGGGCGACUAGGGCAAGGGAAUUCUGAUGAUCUUCAUUCUUUAACUGCUAUAUCUGCUCUACACGGAUUUGUGAUUGUUCAGAUUGCAACAUCUGUUGGAUCAGACGGACAUUCCCUGGCUUUAGCAGAAAGUGGUGAAGUUUUUAGUUGGGGAGAUGGCGAUUAUGGAAAAUUGGGUCAUGGUAAUAGUGAUCGUCAGAGACGUCCCCGGCAAAUUGAAGCUUUAAAUGGAGAAUUUAUCAUUCAAGUUGCUUGCGGGUUUAAACAUUCAGCUGUGGUUAGCUAUGAUGGAAAACUAUAUACUUUUGGAAACUCAGACUACGGAAGAUUAGGACACGGGCCUCCGACCACUAAUAAAAAAGUUCCAGAGAGAGUUUUAGCUUUACAGAAUGACAAAAUUGGUCAAGUCGCUUGCGGUCUAAAUCAUACAGUUUGUGUCAGUGAUGAUGGUGAUACUGUAUGGGUUUUUGGAGACGGUGAUUACGGGAAGCUGGGCUUAAAUGGCACUCUUGGCAAAACCACUCCUACGAAAUUAGAGGGAAUGACUAACAUUAAAAAGGUCGGAUGCGGAACUCAAUUUACUGUAUUCUUAACCAAAAAUGGUGAAGUUUUCACUUGUGGUCAUGAGCGCCUAGUUGGUCAUCCGGAAAUAAGAAAUAGAAGAAAUAUGACUCCACAAAAGAUAUCGGCCCUUGGGGAGUAUGUAAUCGAAGAUAUAGCAGUAGGAUCCGAACAUACCUUAGUAGUUACAAAAUGUGGAAAAGUGUUAAGCUGGGGUAGUAAUAAUGAAGGACAAUUAGGUUUUGGUCAUCAAAUUCCUGUAAGAGAACCAAAACUAGUCCCUAAUGUGUCUGGAAUUAAACAAGUCUCUGCUGGAAGAUCACAUAGCUGUGCCUGGACUGCUCCUCCAAUACCGACUCGGAGAAAUCCUAUUUCAUCUCCACUUAUGUUGGGGACACCAUUAUCCAUUCCGCCUCAAUAUACCAGCUUAACAGAUGUUCAAAUUGAUGCCAUACGAUCCCGUUUAAAGCUUUUACACCGUUUCUCAGACCUUGUUUACUCAAAUUGGAGAUUAAUCAGAUUAGUGCAAUCAUGUGAUGGAGCCAUGCCGAGUAUAUGGGGAGCAGCUACAGAACAUUUGCUAAAUGGAACACUAAGACCUCUUCUAGCUCCUCGUGUCUAUACUCUUCCGUUCGUUAGAGUUUUAGGAAGAACUAUGGUUCAGGGCAAAAAUUACGGACCACAGAUAACUGUCAAACGUAUUCAAUCUCCUCUACCAAUCUUCGUACAAGUAGCUCGACAAGUUUCUCAUUUGAAGGCGGCAGAUCUUCGCCUGCCAUCCCGAGCUUGGAAGGUAAAAUUGAUAGGAGAAGGAGCAGACGAUGCAGGAGGAGUUUUUGAUGAUACCAUAGCAGAUAUGUGUGACGAACUUCGUAAUGGUAUUUCUAUGGUACGAAAUCAACCCCUAUUAAUUCAAACACCAAAUGGUCGAAAUGAUUACGGCUACAACAGAGAUAGAUUUAUGUUUAAUCCCGCUGCAAUGACAGACGAUAGUGCCGUUUUAUGGAGAUUCUUUGGUACUCUGCUCUCAGUAGCAAUUCGAACGAAAAAACCACUAGAUCUAAGAUUAGCUCCAUGUGUUUGGAAAUUAUUAUCAGCACAACCGUUAACCCCAUAUGAUAUACAAGAAACAGAUUUAAUGUUCAUGCAAACUUUAAAAUCAAUUAAUGAAAUAGAAGAGAGUUCGACUGAAGAUUUUCAUGAUAUCAUACCUCUUGAGUUUUGGCAAACUUUCAGCAGCGAUGGUCGAUUAAUUCCAGUUGUGCCGGGAGGUUCAAGAUUAAAACUGACUUGGUCAGGAAGGAAAGAAUAUGUUGAGAAAGCUUUGGAAACAAGAUUACAUGAAAUGGAUAAAGCAGCUAAAUUAAUCAGAGAGGGAAUGGCAUCUAUAGUACCAGUUCCGCUACUGUCUCUUGUAACCCCUACCUACCUCGAACAAUUAGUAUGCGGUCAUUCUGAUAUAAAAAUUGAAGUGUUAAAGCACGUCGUCAGGUAUAGAGAGUUAGAUGAACAUUCUGAAGUUGUUAAAUGGUUUUGGCAUACUUUAGAAUCAUUUUCUAAUGAUGAAAAAGUAUUGUUUAUGCGUUUUGUUAGUGGUAGAAGUCGCUUACCAGCAAAUCCUGCUGAUAUAUCUCAAAGAUUUCAAUUGAUGAAAGUCGAUAGAUCCAUUGAUGGACUUCCUACAGCCCAAACAUGUUUUUUUCAGUUACGGCUGCCACCUUAUAGCAGUAGAGAAUCGCUUGCUAAUAAAUUACGUUACGCCAUUCAACAUUGCAGAUGUAUUGAUAUGGAUAACUAUAUGCUGGCCAGAAAUAACGAAGCCGAAACUACUCCAACCUUAUUACCGGGAAGUGUCAUAAUAGACUUUGAAGCUAUCGAUGAAGACGACUUGGUCGAUUGAAAAAUAAUUUUGAAAACUUGUUUGUUAAUGUAUUUUCCCCUUGACUCAAAAAAAACUAACUGGUGCCUCGAACAGACAAAUAAAAAAAAAAUAAGUAUAAUAGUUUUCAAAAACAAAAGCAGUAUCGAAAAAAUAAAUUUUGUCACCUAAUUCAUGAU